AUGUCUAAUUCAAGUCGACUCACAAGAGAUGCUCUCGUUGCUGUGUCGGUCGUUAAACAACAUGUCAAAACAUUCACUGAUAAUCAGCACUCUAGUGCACUCCAGGCACAAUUCGCAUCACAAUCCUCUGCCUUCAAAUUGUGCCUUGGAUUACAGGACGUAUUCGUUGCACUCUUUCUUGUUCUUCUCAUAUUCGCAACAAUUUUUGGUAAUAUUCUCGUCGUGCUAUCUGUUUUCGUUUAUCAGCGGAUGCGAACAUUCACCAAUAUUCUUCUCACUUCACUUGCAACUGCCGACUUACUCGUUGGGCUUGUCGUGAUGCCAUUGUCAUUACUUGAUCUAUUACACAGCCAUAACUGGCCACUGGGAAGGAUAUGGUGCGGUGCGUGGGCUACUACGGACGUCUUAUUAUGCACGGCAUCGAUACUUAAUUUAUGUAUUAUAUCACUGGAUCGAUAUAUGGCUAUUACUAGUCCAUUGAAAUAUCCACGAACAAGGUCAUCUUUAUUUUAUCCACCAUGGUUUGUUCCUGAUUGGGGACAUUUUACGCAGUACACUAAUGAUGAUCUGAAAACAGCUAAUUCCACCUCCUCAUUAUCUACUUCAACUACAUCUCGACAUUCCUUUGCUUGUGUCUACUCACCAUCAAUUCCUUACCGAAUAUACAGUGCUCUUGGCAGCUUUUACAUUCCAUUGUUGGUCAUGCUAUCAGUCUAUUUCAAAAUUUUUCGCGUUACAUCCGAACGAGAAGCGUUGAUGCGACAAACGCUAGGAACGUGUCGUUUAUCGAAAAGAGACACCAAAACAAAACGGAAAAAUCGGCUUUUAAUCAACGACAAUCAUCGAAAUAAUUUGAAAUAUGCAAACGCACAGUCGUGGAGUCAUAUAAAUUUGAGCGACGAUAACGUAAGAAACUAUUCGACACAAUAUAAUAGCUCAACAAAAAGAGAUGAACAAAUUGCGCUUGUAAAAUAUGACUCGAGAUUUGAUUUAAUCGAUUACGAUGAAGCAACUCUUGGACAAGAUGAGCGUGAUUCAACUCUGAGUGCUACUUUAAUAAAUGCCGACUCUGAUGGUCGUUCGUUGUAUAGAAGCACUUUAUAUCGACAACAUCUUGCAAGUCAUUCAAUGGCUGACUUAGCUGGACCUAAAAUGCAUGCACCCGCAGUUCGCAACAACACUGAAACAAAUGUGGUACCUGUGCUAACGAAAACAGCUCAACUGUGUCACAAUCGAUUGCAACCGAUCAACCUGCUAGACAAGGCUCAAGAUCACUAUCACACAUAUGGACCAGGCAAAAUAACGCGAGGAUCGAAGGAGAAAAUGGUUUACUUGAGGGAACGAAAAGCUCUGAAGACAAUUGGCAUUGUUGUUCUCGGUAAGUUUUAG